AUGAUCGAGUUUGUUCUAGUUCAUCAUGCAAAUUUCUGCAGAUCCCUUCACGGUGUGUACUACAUAACUUUAUUGGCUAAAGACCUUAUUAAGGAUGAUGGUGACGAGAUAACUUAUCAAGCUAAGGUGAUCCACGAUGAUAUUCGAUCAGGAGAUAUAGAUGUGGAAAUUUUUAGGCCAAAAACAAACCCCAGUAAAAAAAAAUAUAAGAUUAAAAAAAAUGGUGAUGAUGUUGAAGAGGAGGAGGAGGAGGAGAAAACUGAAAGGAAAUACUGGGUGGUUGAGUUGGACGAUGGCUGGGACGUCUAUCAUGUAGUUGGAGGCGAACCUGAUGAAUAUACUCGGCGUUUGAAAUACCUUGAAAAGGAAGAAAGGGAUCUUUUGGUGCACUAUUCUGAGAUUUAUUGCGCAUCCGAUGGUUUUGAUCUUGUUCGUCCUCCUCCACCUGGCUACUGUUGGGCAUCCCCCAUUGAUAUUAAUGACUCUUCUCAACUCGGAGUUGUCAACAGAAUGGCCAUAUUUGCUGUCGAAUAUUACAACAAAAAAUACAAGAGAAAGGGAAAAAAGAUGGAGUUUGUUCGAGUUCAUCAUGCAAAUAUCACGAGAGCAAGUCGUGAUGCUUACUACAUAACUUUACUGGCUAAAGACCUGAUUAAGGAAGACGAUGACGAGGAGAAAGCUUAUCAAACUAAGGUGGUCCAUUGGGAGUUUCUAUCAGGAGGCGAGAGUAUAUAUGUUGAAAUUUUUAGGCCAAAAGCAAACCCCAGCAGUCAAGCUAUUAUAUAAUCAGUCAAGCAUGUUUUGAUGUGGCCAUUCUCUAAUUAAUGGCUGUCGCUUAUUGCUAAUAAUACUAUCAAUUAUCAUAAUAAUAAUAAUUAAAAAAAAAAAGCCUUUCAUGGCAGUCUUCCUGAACUUCAUUUGUCUCCAGUUACUUUGCAUGAAAGCAAGACUUGCAAACGUAAGCAAGCAACA